GGCAGGCCACAAAGUUCAUAAUUGUAAACGGACGGAGUUCUAAUUGGGCACGUUUUUAACAUUUUAUUAAAUGUGACCAAGCUCGCCCCAGCUUUUACGGUCAUCUACAUAAUACAUAGUUUACAUUUCAAUGUUAUAUAUAAUGUAAUUCUAUAAUCUUAUUAUUUAGGUUUUUUUAUUUGACAUUAUUAAUAUAAAUUUUUUUUUAUACAUUUUCUUUUUUAUUAAUUCUUAUUACAUACUAAUAUAAUUUAAAGUUUGGUACAAUAAAUUCAUAAUCUGAAAUAAUCAAAUAGAUAAACUCCUUUCAAAAUAAUAUUUUAAUUUCUACAGUUUGCAUAUAAAAAUAUUUUUAAAAUUUAUUUAGUUAUACUAUAGAACAUAGUUCAUGAUCAUUUAUAUUUCUUUGUUGUUUCUUUAAAAAUAUAUUUUGAGCAUCUACAGUUUUAGUUUAUAGCAGGAUUUUAUAAGUAAAUAUGAUGUUAUGUUUAAAUAAUUAAGAAUUAUUUACAUAGUUUACGAAUUUUACCCGUUUUAAUGGUGAAUGAUAUUUUAAAAUGAAAUAUUUUUAAAAAUAAAAUAAGUUAAUUUAUCAAUUUUAUAUAAUUUAUAUUUUAAUCAUAUAGUAUUUCUAUUUUAAUAUAAUAUAAACUAUAUAUAAUUAAAAAGUUUAUGAAAAUAGCAUUAAAAUAAUUUUUAUAACAAAAUCUUAAUUGUCAUUAAUUUGUAAUAUUAUUAUAUUACUAAUUACGAAAUUCAUGUUUUUUUUAUAAAAAAUAUUUAGAACUUUUAGUGAUAUUUUGUUAGAUUUUUUGUCAACAGAUUUUUUAUAGUUAAAAGUAAAAUUAAAACAAUUUUAUUGGUGGAAUUAUCAUAUGUGUGGAUUAUAUAAGAUGUGAUAUCUUAAUGAUGCCAAAAUGCUAAUUAGAGAUAAAUGAAAUAUGAUUUUCUAGAGAACGUCUAUUUAAAAAAAUCACACAUAAAAAAAAGUUGUAAUUUCCAUUUGAAUUGAAUAGAUAUCUCUUUGUUUACUUUAUUCUCAAACAACAGUAAAUAACAAAAAUAAUUUAAGAAGCGUUAUAAGAUGAUGUGGUUUAUUCAAAGGACUUGAUUUUGUGUGAAAUUAGGAGCACGAACGUGCAUGGCUUAUACAAGAUUACAUCCCUCAUUCAACUUCAAGAUGUCAAAUUGAGAGAGUCUGCCCCAACUUCUUCUCUUUAGGUUUGAGUUUCUUGACAUCUUCUAUCCAUCAUCAGGUUGGUCAAAGUUUUGAUUUUUUUUUUCUGGUUUAUUAGAGAUUAUAAUUGAUCAUGCUUGACUUGAUGGGUUUCUGGUAAAGUUCAAAACUUAUGUGCUCUACUCAGAUCAUACAUUUCUAGUUCUGAAAAUGAUUCAUUUUCAUAGUUUUGCAAGUAUCUCCUCACCUUCUGCAUUGUCUAGCUGUCCAUCUAAUUUGACUUUGGAAUUUUUGAUCAGUAUUCAUAAUAACUUGUCCAGAUUGAAAUUUUGAGAGAUUUAAUCAUGAGUAAUAUCAAAUCAUCUUCUUGAUCUAUGCACUCUCUCUAUCAAAAGCUUUGCAUUCCUUAUUGACCAAUGUGAUAACAAUUUCUCUCUAAUGUUCCUCGGUUACUUCCCAAACCAAAACGGAUCUUGAUUUGAUUUCAGUUGUGAAGUUGUCCUGACUUAUGUCCCAAAUGGCUUUGAGACAAAAAUAAGCCACGACUUGAACCGUUGCAGAACUUCUUCUGCAGAGCCGACCCUGACAUUUUAGAGGCUCCAAGCAGCUUUUGAAAAGGCUAUCUAUUCAGAAAUAAAUGGACUUCUUUUUCAAAAAUUCGUAUCUGGAACCCAAACCGGCGCUUCCUGUGAGUACCGGCUCUAAUCAUGCGCCUCCUUCUCAAUCGUUGACCAUUGCGGUAGCUAUUAGUGGUAGUACCAAAAGCAAGAAUGUACUUAAAUGGGCGCUCAAGAAGUUUGCUUCCGAGAAAAAUAUUGUUUUCAAGCUGAUUCACAUCCAUCCAAAGCUCACUUCUAUACCUACACCUUCCGGAAACAUAGUCUCUAUCUCUGAGGCACCAGAGGACGUGGCGGCUACUUAUAGACGACAAUUUAUGGAGGAGACUAAAGAAACACUUCUGAAACCUUACAAGAAGAUGUGCGAGCGUAAAAAGGUUGUAGUGGAACUUUUAGUGCUAGAAUCAAAUAGUGUUGCAGUGGCAAUAACCAGAGAGGUUAAUCAGCGUUCGAUCAGCAGGCUUGUUAUUGGACGCUCAUGUAAUACAAAUUACAGGAAUAAUGAUAUUACCGAGAAAAUAUCAAACUAUGUGUCAAACCUAUGCACAGUCUAUGUUGUCUCAAAAGGAGUGUAUAUUCUUUCGAAAGAGAAAUUACCUUCAGCUUCAGACACAGAGAGAAAUGAAAUUUUAAGAGAUACUGGUAGUGAGAGAAGCUCCAGCUGUUCUUCAGGUUCAGGGACUAUCUCAGAUGCAAUGUCGUCAACAAAUGCACUCAAAUCCAAGUCUCUUGGUCUGUCCAAUAAGAGAUUGCAACAUCUCCCGACAAUAGUAAGAGGGGUUUCUGGUCGUGUGGAAACCGACUCUGAUGAAACAAGAAGUGUGUGUUCGGAUGCUCCAGAGGAAGUAAGCAAGAUAGAAACAUCCUAUACUUUCGAUGACAGAAAAGACGGAAACAGUCAUAUAUCUAGCAACCCUGAAUAUCAAAAUGUUACUGAUCCAGGUGAAGAUUACUUCACAGACGACCAGGACACACUCCAAGAAAUUACAAAGUUGAGAGAUGAACUUAGACAAGCUCAGGAAAUGUAUGCAGUGGCUCAAGUAGAGACCUUGGAUGCUUCUAGAAAGCUCAAUGAGCUAAAGUUGGAAGACCUAACACUAAAAGAUCAAGGAACAAAGGGGUUAGCAGAAAAGGAAACACAGAAGAAGAGAAUGGAAGAGAAAGAGACUGCACAGAGAAGAGAAGCUGAGAUGAAAGUAGCCCGCGAAGCCAAAGAGAAGGAGAAGCUUGUAGAAAGCUCCCUUGUGGCUCCUAAGGUGGCUCCUAAAGUGCAAUACCAAGAGUUCACUUGGGAAGAAAUCAGUACCGCAACUUCAUCAUUCUCUCAAGAGCUUAAGAUCGGAGAAGGAGCUUAUGGCGCUGUUUACAAAUGCAGUCUUCAUCAUACAGUCGCCGCUGUCAAAGUUUUGCAUUCCCCUGAAAGUAAUCUAUCUAAGCAAUUCGAUCAAGAGCUGGAGAUCUUGAGCAAAAUCAGGCAUCCACACUUGGUUCUCCUCUUAGGAGCAUGCCCUGAGAGUGGAACUCUAGUCUACGAGUACAUGGAGAACGGUAGCUUGGAAGAUAGAAUCUUCCAAGUCAACAACAGCCAGCCACUCCCGUGGUUUGUACGUUUCAGAAUCGCUUGGGAAGUUGCAUCAGCGCUAGUUUUCCUCCACAAGUCAAAACCGACACCAAUCAUCCACCGUGAUCUUAAACCAGCCAACAUCCUUCUUGAUCGCAACUUCGUAAGCAAAGUAGGAGAUGUUGGUCUCUCCACAAUGAUCCAAACCGACCUCUUAUCAACCAAGUUCACAAUGUACAAACAGACGAGCCCCGUGGGAACAUUAUGUUACAUCGAUCCUGAAUACCAACGAACCGGGAUGUUAUCUCCGAAGUCAGACGUCUAUGCGUUGGGAAUGAUCAUUCUCCAGCUUCUCACCGCUCAGCCGGCUAUAGCACUGACCUAUACAGUAGAAAUAGCCAUGGAGAACAAUGAUGACGACGAGCUGAUACAGAUUCUUGAUAAAAAAGCAGGUGGCUGGCCAAUGGAAGAAACCCGGAAACUAGCUGCAUUAGCUCUACAUUGCACAGAGAUCCGAGCUAAAGACAGGCCAGACCUGGAAAAGCAGAUUCUUCCAGUUUUAGAGAACUUGAAGAAGGUUGCUGAGAAAGCAAGAAAAACGAUUGCCUCUGCGCCGAAGCAACCUCCAAGCCAUUUCAUCUGCCCAUUACUUAAGGAUGUGAUGAAGGAUCCAUGUAUUGCGGCUGACGGAUACACUUAUGACCGGAAAGCCAUAGAGAAGUGGAUGGAGGACUACCGUAGCUCGCCGGUGACUGAUUCCCCCUUAGAAAACAUGACCCUUUUGCCCAACCACACUCUUCAUGCAGCCAUUGUCGAGUGGUGCCGUAGAAAUCAGUAAGGCAAACAAAAGCGAGCGCACCGUGAGGAAUGAUGUUAUUGGAGAUUAUGAUAUUAUUAUGGAGAAUGAUUGAAGCAAUUAUAUGAAAUUGUUGUGAUUAUAUAUCCUUAAUUUUAUGAUAUGUAUUAGUACUAUAACACAUGAGAUUGACCAUGACUUGAUUUUUAUUAAUCAUAUAUAUAUUCCCAACUGAUAUGCUAUUUUGUUACAUUUCAAACAUGUGAUUCUGUUUUCUUUUGGAUUUGAUUUUCAAGCCGCAAGAUAGAAAUUACAGAAUAGUCUUAAUAUGUAAUUAACAUAAACUAGUCCAGAACCGCGCGCUAAGCGUGAGUUGUGUUUCUUUCUAAUUUGAUUUACAGAUUUAAAAUUAAAAUAAUAAUGACAAAUUUUGAGAUGAUAAUGUUGUGUUAAUUUUGCCUUUUUGUGAUGUUUAUUUGAGUUUUAGAUCAAGUAUUUUGGUUUGUACCUUAUUUUCAAGGUGCUGAUCAUAUCAAUAUAUAUAGGAUUUUUUUAUCAGUUACAGUGCAAAUAUUAUAUUUAAAUAUUUUGUAUAACACUUUUUCUUGACAUCCGAUCUUUACUUUAUGACUUAUAAAAUCAUGAUAAUUAAAUUUAAAGUCAAUAUAACAUGGCAUAGACAAUACUUGAAUUAAUUAGGGUUGUUACUCAAUUGGAAUUUCUAAAUAUAAACAAACUAGUGUUACUUACCGUGCUAUACACGACCAAAAUCUGUUAUAUUUUUAAUUAUCUUAUUAUAAUUGUAAAUUUAAAUAAAUUAGUAAUUUUAAAUAUAUUAUAAUGGAUCAUAUUGCAGUAAAUCUAUUGAAACUAUUUUAUACAAAUACCAUAUUGUGUUAUGUUUGGUUAUCACACUACAUUUUUAUCUUUAGAGAUUUCUUUAUUUUUCAGUUAUUUAACUCCUUAUCUGCUAAAUUCCUCAUACAAAAUAUUCAUAUAUUAAGACUGGAGUCAUAGAUCUAUUGGGUAAUAGUUUCCUAGUACAUUUCAUUAUAAUUUGGGUGGAAGUCUAUGUAUGUUAAAUGUUUUGAUCAUUUGACUAUUCUCCCAUUACAUUACAUUGCAUUAUUCAUUUUUGUAAAUUUUACAAUAUGUAGUAAAUUAGUAAUAAUCAAUAUAAAAUGAUUGAAUGAGUCUCCAAUCUGUUAUCUUGUCAUAGAAGUAAUCAUAUCAGAAGAACAUAAAUUAAACAAAUGAAAGCAUGUAUAUUUAUAUUCAGUUUUGGCCAAUAGUGUACAAACAAGUUUUGUUCAUAACAAGGAUUUACAAUAAUUAAUUUUCAAACUACUUAAUUAACAAUCAAUACACAUUAACAAUUUAACACGGUAUUCACGCGUAGCUGCUAUGCGUGCAUGCAAGUAUCUGUUUUCAAUGCUCUAUUGUUUUUGUUUUAAAGAGUUCUGAUUAGGAUCCUAGCCAAAUUUUAUAAAGAGUGUAAGAAUCUGUCAAAACAUAGUU